AACAGCCUCGGGACGGCGGGGGCCCGGGAGGAGGGCCCGUCCUGGGCGGGGGCCGCAUGUGUGCUGAGCGCCCUGCGUGCGCGGGGCCGCUGGGUCCUCCCGGUGGGCCUGCGGAGGGCAUUACGGCUGUAGUCCUUGGAGCGACCUGUCUCGGGUCGUGUAGCAGGUUUGCCCAACAUCCCACACCAGCUGAAAGAAGCUCCUUGAAGCCAUGGACGAGCGGAAAACUCGGGCUGCAGUCAGGGCCAAGCUCUGGAGGGCUGAGGCGCUUUCCUAAGCUUUGACUGGCCCUUCGUCCCUGCUGUUUGGCGUCCACCAUCACUUUCCAUGCAGGACGGGCAGGUGUGGUGUCCACCUGAAGACGGUUUUACUUUAAAAGGCAAGAUGCUGUCUCCAAACAAUAAAAAGCUAGAAAAGCUGGAUCCGUUUUACCGACCGUCAGCGUCCAAGCAGAAGACCAGUGCAGAAAUCAUAAGUGAAGCACGAAAUGCCUUAAGAGCGGUCAGGACCCAGAGACCAUUCACACCCCGGGAAGACCAGAGGACGCUAUUCGGGCCCGCCUCUUCGAGGACACCAGAAAGCAGGCCUCCUUCCUCCUUCAGCCUCCACACAUCCAGUUUCGAGCCGUCUGAUUCCAGGCCCGCCUCUGGCGCGCGGCUCAGUCCCCUGGAACUCAAACCGAGAGCCCCAGCAACCCCCAGCAUGGACAGGGGCCCCUGCGCUUCCUUCCCUGCGCCCACCACGGACCCCACGAAGAUGAGGAGCCGGAGGGGCAGCGGGGCGCGCUGGUUGAGAGCAGCCCCCCCUGGGGCUCCCCUGCCGGCCAGAACCCCUCCUCCCACUGGGGCAAAGAAGACAUUAAUAUCCAAACAAACAGUUAUGAUGGGGGACUCUACGGUAAAAAUAAAUGGGCUUUAUUUAACCCGAUCAAAUGCCAUCGGCCACUUCAAGAGUCACCCACUUCAGCUAACUUACGGAGGCGUCGGUGAAAUCAAGGAGCAAGAAAUCUUCAAAGGAGCGACGUGUUUGCCGUCCCAUCCCAGAGGUGGAAGGGACCCGGGGGAGAGGCGGCCGAGGGCCUUGUCGUGCCCCGCCAGCUCGGACCCAGGCAGGCUGGAAACCGCAGCAGUCUCAAAAGCCGACUUGCAAGAAAAGGCUACGGAAAUAGAAGCGGACGAAGCCUUUUGGAAUACCAGGAUUGUACCGAUACUGCAUGAAUUAGAAAAGGAAGAGAACAUCGAAACAGUCUGUGCUGCGUGCACAAGGCUUCAUUGCGCUUUGCAGGAAGGAGACAUGCUCAGAAGUACCUUCAAGAGACGAAGCGUCCUCCUGAAGACCCUGUAUAAAUUGGUGGAUGUUGGUUCAGACUUGCUCAGCCUUAAACUUGCAAAAAUUAUUCUAGCACUUAAAGUGAGUAGAAAGAAUCUUCUGAAUGUCUGCAAACUUAUAUUUAAAAUUAGCAGGAAUGAGAAGAAUGACUCUCUGAUUGAAAAUGACAGCAUUCUGGAGUCGUUAUUGGAGGUCCUGAGAAAUGAAGACCUGCAAGCUAACUCGGAGGCUUUUUUGUACUGUAUGGGGGCCAUCAAAUUCAUCUCUGGAAAUCCAGGAUUUCUUAAUGAAAUGAUCAGCAAAGGUGCUGUGGAAAUACUGAUGAAUUUGAUAAAGCAAAUAAAUGAGCACACCAGGAAAUGUGGUACAUGUUUGCCUAAUUCAGGCCACUUGUUAGUCCAAAUGACGUCUGCACUGAGAAACCUGGUUGAUUCACCCCAGGCAAGAAGCACAUUGCUGAGCAUCAGCGCCCUUCCCGAGCUCUGCACGGCGAUGGGACAGUGCAUGGGUGACAUGGACGUCUGCACCAAUAUUGCCAGAAUACUCAGCAAACUUACUUCUUACCAUGACUGCUGUGUAGCCUUGGCCAACUAUUCCGGAUGUUACGCCUUAUUUUUGAAACUGAUAAACAAAUACCAGAAGAAACAGGAUUUAGUCGUUCGUAUUGUUUUUAUUCUUGGCAACCUGACGGCAAAAGACAACCAGGCUCGUGAGCAGCUGUCCAGAGAGGAAGGGAGCACCCCGACGCUGCUGGCCCUGUUCCACACCUUCUCCCAGCUGGACAUGCACGCGGAGCACCGGGUGGCAGAGGGAGCCGGGCAGGCUGAGGCGCGGAGGCUGCGGGCCCAGGCGGAGGACGUGCUCCUCAAGCUGACCCGCCUGCUGGCCAACCUAGCCAUCCACCCGGGCGCUGGCCGCGCCCUGGCCUCCAACCCGCAUGUGGUGGGCCUGCUCCUCGCCACGCUAGAGCACAAGUCCGUCGCUGAGUGUGAGGAGCUGGUGGUCAACGCCACAGCGGCCAUCAACAACCUGUCCUACUACCGGGUGGAGAGCUCCGGGAUUCGGCGCGGGAGGCUGCACCUGGCCGCGCUGCUCAUGAAGCUGCUCGCCAGUAACAGCCAGGAUGGGGUCCUGGAGGCCGUGCGCGUCUUCGGAAACCUCUCCCAGGACCGGGAUGUCUGCGGCUUCAUCGUGCAGAGACGUGUGCACAAGUUCAUGAUGGCUCUGCUGGACUCUGAGCACCAGGAUAUUUGCUUUUCUGCGUGUGGUGUGCUCCUAAAUCUCACUGUGGAUGAAGACAGGCGUGUCAUCCUAAAAGAAGAAGGUGGCGUUAAAAAGCUGGUGGAGUGUCUGAGAGACCGUGGGCCUGCUGACUGGCAGCUGGCCUCCUUGGCCUGCAAGGCCUUAUGGAACCUGAGUGAGAGCCUCACUGCUGCGUCGCCGGGUUUUGGAGAUGGAGACACCCACAGCCUCUCAAUCCUGCUGUCAUCAUUUUUAGACGAAGAACUAGCACUGGAUGGCAGUUUUGGCCAAGACCUGAAGAGCUAUCACAAGCUCCACUGGGAAACAGAAUUCAAACCCGUGGCACAGCAGCUUCUGAGCAGACUCCGGAGCCGCCGCACCUUCCUGGAGCGCCUGCCCAGCCCUGCUCUCUGACGCAGCGCAGACCCACUGCACACACAGGAUGUCAGCUCUCCCUUUUGCCGGUCAGAACCUCCGUAAGCAGCUCUGCAUUUCCAGAAGGGAGCACCGAGGACAGAGGAGCGAAACAAGCGGGAACCUGACUGUACCCAGCGAGCCGGACUCUGGGCUCGCCUGCUGCUGGGUCAGGGCAGCAGGCAGCAAAGGGCAGACACGGGCUGCGACCCA